AUGGGCUUCGACACUAUUAAGCUCUUCCUUGCCCAAGCCGAGAAGGAGACUGGCGUUGAGGGCAUCACAGACGAGGCGUUGAAGCAGAUGGAAGAGCACCUGACCGUCACGGACGAGGACUUCCAGGUGGCCGCUGUUGAGGAGAAGAGACGCCGCCACGAUGUUAUGGCCCAUGUCCAUGCCUUUGGGCAAGUCGCUCCUGCGGCUGCCCCAAUCAUCCAUUACGGAGCAACUUCAUGCUAUGUCACUGACAAUGCCGAGUUGAUUCUGAUGAGAGAUGCCAUGGACUUGCUGCUGCCCAAGCUGGCCAAGGUGAUCGACAACCUUUCUAAGUUUGCUCUCGAACACAAGGAUCUCCCCACCCUAGGCUACACCCACUACCAGCCCGCCCAGCUGAUCACCGUUGGUCGUCGCGCUACUCAGUGGAUUCAGGACCUGGCCAGGGACUUGAAGAACAUUGAGACUCAGCGCAAGGAACUGCGUUUCCGUGGUGCGAUGGGUACCACCGGCACUCAGGCUUCCUUCAUGGAGGUCUACCACGGCGACGGAGAGAAGAUUGACAAGCUGAAUGAGCGCCUGUGCGAGUUGGCUGGCUUCGAAACGGGUGUCUACGACAUCUCAGUCCAGACUUACAGCCGUAAGGUCGAUUUGGAUGUGUCCAACGCCAUUGCUGGCCUCGGUGCCACCGCGAUGCACAUCACCAACGACCUGCGUCACCUCGCUACGCAGAAGGAGAUCGAGGAGUGA